GGGGGCUCUGCAGUGGGGCUGGCUAGCCCUGCCCGACAGUGGGAAGGAUCCUGCAGGCACUUGCUGGGCAGUGGGAGGAGUCAGGCAGACCAUAUCCAGUCCUACCUGCAGCACUUGCUUGCCUGGCAGCUGCUCCUGAAUGGAUUCCAGUGAGUUCCCUGGCUCUUUAGGGCCACUGUCUCUUCCUGACAAACCAUUGAUUGGUGACCUCCCGGCAGACAUGGAGUUUGGGGAGGAUUUACUUGCUUCCCAGACGGCUUCCAUCCCGCAGGCCUCAGCAGCUCGGUCUCAAGAGAUGGAAUGGGAAGCAGCCAGACAAACUGCUUCAGACGGCAGCUUCGACCUGGGCUUGGCGGAAGCAGUGGACGUGUCAGAGCUCCGCAAGCCUGACAGCCUGGCCCUUGAGAAACCUGGUGCUUUGGAGGUCAUGGAGAAGCCGACCCUCCUGGACAGUUUGAGCAAAGAAGAUGAUGCGGUGGCUCUGGAGAAGCCGGAGGACGUGGACAGCUUGUACAAGGCAAGCGCCUCUGCGGAGCCCGAGGAUGGCCCCAGGGACUCUUCUGCCUCAGGAGCCGAAGCCCUUGUGCCCGAGGUUUGGGAAGAAGAAGGUGCCUCAAAAGUGGACUCUGACGGCUCCAAAGAGGGUCAGGUGGAGAGCGCAGCCUCCCUUCCCGACAGCGGUGCCGUGGAAUUGCCAGAUAUGGUGGAGGUGAGCGGCACACCGCCCGCCCCGGAGCCCGCCACCUCGCCCGGCAGCGCCCCAACCAGUCCCCGGCUGGCCAAAAAGGCCCGGUUGAAAUCCCCCAGGAAGAGCUCGCCGGUGCAGAGGGAGGACGCGGCAGCCUCGGCAGAGGACGGGAAGGAGGCCGUCCUCAACAGCGCUUCUGACCCCGCCCCUGAGCCGGCAGUGGGCCGUCUGGCUGAAGCGGAGAGGGAGAGCAGCUCCAGCCAGAGGGAACCUGCCAAGUCCAAGGCACGCGAGGCGGAGCAGUCGGCUGCGCAGCCAGGAGAAGGUCCUGGUGCGAAGGGGAGUGAGCAGCCGGCUGAAAAGGAGCAGAAAAGGAGUGAGAGAGCAAGGAGAGCUGAGGUGUCACGGCCGGAGACUGUCAACUCCUCUGAGAGCAUCCCCGUCUCCGAUGAGGAUUCAGACGCCAUGGUGGACGAUCCCAAUGAUGAGGACUUUGUCCCCUUCCGCACCCGCCGGACCACUCGGAUGUCCCUGCGCAACCAGAUGGCCCAGCGGGCGGCCCGGUCCACUGUCACCAAGAUGACUUGCGCCAACUGCCGGACACCGCUGCAGAAGGGGCAGACUGCCUAUCAGCGCAAGGGCCUCCCUCAACUCUUCUGCUCCAGCUCCUGCCUCACCACCUUCUCCAAAAGGCCUCUCACCAAGAGGAACUGCACCUUCUGCAAAAAGGAGAUUUGGAACACCAAGGACUCUGUGGUGGCCCAGAUUGGCUCGGGCAGCUCUUUCCAUGAGUUCUGCACCUCGGUGUGCCUCUCGCUCUACGAAGCCCAGCAGCAGAGGCCGGCACCGCCGGCGGCAGACGCCUCGGACACGGCCCGCUGCAGCGUGUGCUACAAAGCCGGCGAGAUCCAGCACGAGGUCAGCAACGGGAACGUCGUGCACCGCAUCUGCAGCGACGCCUGCUUCACCAAGUUCCGUGCCACGAAGGGGCUGAAGACCAACUGCUGUGACAACUGCGGCCUCUACCUGUACAACAAGGGGCUGCCGCUGGAGUACCUCUUCCACGAGGGGCAGCAGAAGCGCUUCUGCAACACCACCUGCCUGAACAGCUACAAGAAGAAGAACACCCGGGUCUACCCCUGCAUGUGGUGCAAGACACUCUGCAAGAACUUCGACAUGCUGUCGCACAAGGACCGCAACGGCAAGACGAGCCUCUUCUGCUCCAUCUGCUGCACCACCUCCUACAAAGUCAAGCAAGCCGGCCUGACAGGGCCCGCCCGGCCUUGCAGCUUCUGCCGGAAGACUCUGCCUGAGCCCUGCUACUACAACAAGAACGAGCAGGUGGUGUACCAGUUCUGCAGCCCCAGCUGCUGGACCAAAUUCCAGCGCAACAGCCCGGAAGGUGGGAUCCACUUGACCUGCCACUCCUGCCACAACCUCUUCACUGGGAAGCCCGAGAUCCUGGACUGGCAGGACAAGGUCUACCAGUUCUGCUGCCGCGACUGCUGCGAGGACUUCAAGCGGCUGCGGGGCGUGGUGUCCCAGUGCGAGCACUGCAAGCAGGAGAAGCUGCUGCACGAGAAGAUGCGCUUCUCGGGCGUGGAGAAGAACUUCUGCAGCGAAGGGUGUGUGCUGCUGUACAAACAGGAUUUCACCAAGAACCUGGGCCUUUGCUGCAUCACCUGCACCUACUGCUCCCAGACGUGCCAGCGGGCCGUCACCGAGCAGCUGGAGGGCAGCACCUGGGACUUCUGCAGCGAAGAGUGCAAGGGCAAAUACCUGCUCUGGUACUACAAGGCAGCCCGGUGCCACGCCUGCAAGCGGCAGGGGAAGCUCCUGGAGACCAUCCACUGGCGAGGGCAGAUCAAGCACUUCUGCAACCAGCAGUGCCUGCUCCGGUUCUACAGCCAGCAGAGCCAGCCCAACCUGGACACCCAGAAGGGGCCUGAGAGCCUGCUGCACAGUCAGACCCCAGAGCCAAAGCAGCCCUCCUGCACCCCACCCCAAGCGGAGAGCAGUGCGGCACCUGCAAAGAACAGCCCAGCUGCUGUGGCCCCCGCUCCUCCGCUGCCGCUGCCGCCGCUGCCGGCCACUCCACGGAAGAACAAGGCCGCCAUGUGCAAACCGCUCCUGCAGAACCGGGGCGUCUCGUGCAGGGCAGAAGUGAAGUCCAAGGGCUGCCAGACAGAGGAUGACUGGAAGCCGCAGGUGGUCGUGCUGCCCAUUCCAGUGCCCAUCUUUGUGCCUGUACCGAUGAACAUGUACUGCCAGAAAGUACCCGUGCCUUUCUCCAUGCCCGUUCCGGUGCCUGUGCCAAUGUUCCUGCCGACCACGCUGGAGAGCACAGAGAAAAUUGUGGAGACCAUCGAGGAACUGAAGGUCAAAAUCCCUUCCAAUCCCCUGGAAGCCGACAUCCUGGCCAUGGCCGAGAUGAUCGCUGAGGCAGAGGAGCUGGACAAGGCCUCUUCGGAUCUUUGCGACCUGGUGAGUAACCAGAGUGCAGAAGGCCUCCUGGAGGACUGCGACCUCUUUGGGCCAGCCAGGGAUGACGUGCUGGCCAUGGCGGUCAAGAUGGCCAAUGUCCUGGAUGAGCCGGGCCAGGACCUGGAGGCCGAUUUCCCCAAAAACCCCUUGGACAUUAACCCCAGCGUGGAUUUCCUCUUCGACUGUGGCCUGGUGGGGCCGGAAGAGGUUUCCGCAGACCAAGACCUGCCCCGGGCCAUCCGCAAGGGCCAGAAGCGGCUGGUGCUCUCGGAGAGCUGCUCCCGGGACUCCAUGAGCAGCCAGCCCAGCUGCACGGCCCUCAACUACUCCUAUGGCGUGAACGCCUGGAAGAGCUGGGUGCAGGCCAAGUAUGCGGGGGGCGAAACCAGCAAGAGCGACGAGCUGCGCUUCGGCCCCAAGCCCAUGCGGAUCAAGGAGGACAUCCUGGCCUGCACGGCGGCAGAGCUGAAUUACGGCCUGGCCCAGUUUGUCAAAGAAAUCACCCGGCCCAACGGCGAGCGCUACGAGCCGGACAGCAUCUAUUACCUCUGCCUCGGCAUCCAGCAGUACUUGCUGGAGAACAACCGCAUGGUGAACAUCUUCACAGACCUCUACUACCUGACCUUUGUGCAGGAGCUUAACAAGACGCUGAGCGGCUGGCAGCCCACGAUCCUGCCCAACAACGCCGUCUUCUCCCGCGUGGAGGAGGAGCACCUCUGGGAGUGCAAGCAGCUGGGCGUCUACUCCCCCUUCGUGCUGCUCAACACGCUCAUGUUCUUCAACACCAAGUUCUUCGGCCUGCAGACCGCCGAGGAGCACCUGCGGCUCUCCUUCGCCAGCGUGGUGCGCCAGUCCCGCAAGCGCAGCACGGCCCGGGGCACCGCCAAGGUGGUGAGCAUCCGGUACUACGCUCCCGUGCGGCACCGGCAGGGGCGAGACAGCGCUGCCGGCGGCGGCACGGGUGGCCUCGGCAAGCGGAAGCGGGAGGAGGAGCUGCCCGUCCUGGAGCAGCGGGAGAACCGCCUGAACCCGCUGCGCUGCCCCGUCAAGUUCUACGAGUUUUAUCUCUCCAAAUGCCCGGAAAGCCUUCGGAACCGCAACGACGUCUUCUACCUUCAGCCCGAGCGGUCCUGCAUCGCCGAGUCACCGCUGUGGUACUCGGUCAUCCCCAUGGACAGAACCAUGCUCGAGAGCAUGCUGAACCGCAUCCUGGCCGUGCGCGAGAUCCAUGAGGAGCACAGCCGCGGCAGCGGCUUGGAUGACGACACGGACUGAGGGGCCUCGUCUCUCCGGGGCGGGCUGGGGCACCCCACACGCUGGGCAGAGCCGGGGGGUCUGUUGGUGUACCUCACUGCCCCUGCCCUGUCCGGGCCGACGGGCCCGUAGGACUCCAGCCACGGCCCUGGGAGGAGCCACGGGCCGCCCGCCGCCUCCUCGGAGUCCCGGCCCACCCUCCUCCCGGCCCUCUGGGGCCCGGUGGAGUGGCGGGUGGGCAAUGCCACAGGCUGCUCUUUGUUUGUGGAAGGGGUGCGGAAGCAUCCUGGUGGGCGCUGGGCCUCUGGGGAGCCCAGCAGGAUGGACACAAUCCUGUCUUCCUGCUCGCACGUCCCCUAGUGGGGGCUCCUGCUGCCGUGUCCCCCUUCCCUUCCCUUCCCUUCCCUUCCCUUCCCUUCC